ACAGAGAGAGAGAGAGAGAGAGAGAGAGAGAGAGAGAGAGAGAGAGAGAGAGAGAGAGAGAGAGAGAGAGAGAGAGAGAGAGAGAGAGAGUGGGGUUUCCAUGUUUGAUGGUUUGAGGUGGAGGGAGGGAAGACAUGGAAUGGCUGACUUGCCGCCUACUGGAUGUCAGUCCUUCUGUGGGCUCCGGUGGAGCAAAGAUAUGUGGCGGCCUUCAGCAGGCACAAUGUGCAGCUUUUCAUCCCACGGAGGCACUUGUUGCCGUCGCUGUUGGACGUGUUAUCCUCGAGUUCGAUGUGCUGGUUGGAAGCAAGCUCGCCUGUAUGGAUAUGGGGGGUACUGUGAUGAAAAUGGCGUACUGUCCCUCUGGUGGCCACACCAUUGUGGCAGUCUUGGAAGAUGACAUGACCAUCCGCGCCUGGGAUAUCGACGCCGAGAAUACCUCAAUACUUUACUCCCCAGACGGCAAGAAGGUCGACAAGCCUGUUACUGUUCACAUUGCCCUUACCCCUCUUAGACCGUGGUUAUUCUUUGCCGCUCAUAAGCGAACGACGGUCAACGUUGUUGGCACAGCAGAAGGCGUGAAGCCAGCGCAGAAGCUGAAAUUGGAUAUUCAGAAACACGUGAGUUUUUUGGCCUGUCAUCCCAGGGAACCGCUUCUCUAUGUUGCCUAUAUGGAUGGGUCUAUCAGGGGGUAUAACCUAAAUGGGGGGUUCCAGCAUCAAUACACCUUGGGCCCAUCGGAGGGGAUGCUGAAACUUGGCGGCGCGGAGGCGAUCGCCUUCCACGCUACCGCAGAUGUGAUGUUCGUUGGGGACAGGGCUAAUCUUCUCCUGGCCUAUGAUCUGAGGACACGUGUCUGCUUAGGAUCGAUUUCAAUCGACGAAUCCUUUCCAACGUCCGUUGCCUGGCAUCCAACGAUCCGAUGUGUGGUGAUAUUGCGGAAGGACGGCAUAACCGAGGGCUAUACGGUGCGCUUGCCACUAGGUAUGGGCGGUGGCGCGGCGGGAGGAGAGGGGAACAGAGGCGGCGGAGGCGGGGGAAGCUUCUUUGAACCUGCUGGUAUGGAAAGGUUAGACGCGCAGCAACUGCUCCGUCAAGCAGGGGUAUCUUCCUCCUCCUCUGUCGGUGGUGGUCCCGGCGAUCCUGUGCCAAAGCCUGUGGACUUGCUCGUGCAUCCUAAGUUGAAUGCCGCUACCGUAAUAUUUAUGGACUCAAGCGCCGCCAGGAGCGCAGGGGGAGGCAGUGGCGGCGGUGCAGCGAUGGGACGCCAUUCCCGCCGCACACUGCUGUCGAUUUUGCAGAGCACACGUCGCACAACCUCCCAAGGCGGCGCCCAAGUGCUGAUGGAAAAGAUGUCCUCGAUGGGAUGCUCGGCUUCCUUCCUGUCUGAUCACGAAAUCCAGAUGCACAUGAGGAGAGAUGCCUCUCGAGGGGUCAACAAAGGAACGCUUAUAGAUUAUGCCCGGAAAUCGUUUUUAUAUGGGAGUGGUGGGGGGGGUUGGGGGGGGGGGCAAUGUCAGCAGCAAGACAAUCAGGCAGGCGGCCACGUAGACGGAAAUGGAAAUGGGAACGGGAAUUGGUUUCUGAAGAAGUUGCCUCUUUUGGCGAUCUCUGAUCCUGCUCACCCUCUGCGAGACAUCCCGGUUUUUCAGCCUUUCCAGCGAGACUUGCACUUUUUUAGCACCGAUAGUGGGUCGUAUAUUUACCCCCUUCGAGCAGAUUUCAUGGAUGGGUGUAAUUUGAUGGGCUACAAUCUUGCCAAGGGGGAUCAUCACCGGUAUUUGCAAUUGGCACCCCGAGGUCAGUCAGGCCGCGGGGAGAGGAGACCCCGCCACAUGACUUACAGCUGGAAGCAGCAUGUCUGGUUGGUCUUCUUCGACUGCCUAGAUGCCGGGGCUGAGUGCUCGAUUCUCAGAAAUCCCGACGCCCAGUAUCCCGGCUUGGAACAACCCAUAACCAUUCAGGGACGAGAUGGUGCCUUUGUGGCGCCCAACGAUGCGCAGUAUGCAAUUCUGGACGAGGACGGGAUGAAGCUGACGGUGUACACGUUGGAGGGUGCAUUUGAGGAUGUCAGGCCUUCGGCAGCGACCCGUGGAAGAAGUGGAGGAGGAGGAGGAGAGGGCGGGAAGAUGCUUGCUCUUACGUGGGAGGGUGCCGGGGACGGUGGUCUGUCUCCCAGCGCUCAGGAAAACGGGGAUGGUGAUGCGGGGGGCAUGGGAAUGGCGGGAGUUUCUCGUGCACAGUCUCCUCCCCCUCCCCUCUCUGCAUGGGAGCCAGAUGUGGCCCUCUCCUCCUCCAGGCCCUCGAAGCCCCAGCUGGUACUAAAUCAGACCAGGUGCGACAAAGUGCCGCUCGAGUUCUCCUUCGAUGCUCCUGUUCAGCGGGUCUUUCCCUGCGCAUUGGAGGACUCCUUGCUGUAUGUCUGUGCAGGUAGCCACGUCGGGAUCGUCUCCAUUCGGGCUGUCAGUUGGGGUGGAGGCCGCCUGGGGGGCCAGGGCAUGAGGAGGCUCCUCUCGACAAUGGAUGGGGAGCACAAGUCGUUGAAGCUCAAGCCAUUGGAACGCGUUUUGCAGGUGUCUUGGCAGGAGACCAGCAAGGGUCAUGUUGCUGGGAUAGUCUCGACAAUGCGGGUCCUGAUUGUCUCUGCCUCUUUGGAGGUGAUUGCCGAGACCUCCACGCCCCUUGAUGUGGGCUAUCCCCCUUUUCGAAGCUGUUUGUGGGUGGGACCGGCCUUGCUGUUCUCCUCUGCCACCACGAUUGCAGUUCUGGGGUGGGACUCUGGUGUUCGGACGGUCUUGACCAUCGAUCAACCGAACGCAGGCAUGCUGGGGAUGCUGAAUGACCGCGUGCUGCUGGCAACCUGGGCAGAAAGCCCCAAGUCAGGGGUAGAAAUCAAGUCCCGUCUCAUUGGCCUCCUGGAACCCCUGCUGAUUGGGUGGGUGACAAUGCAGUCCUGUUUUGACCGGCAGCUGGAUCUGUCUCAGGUGAUGUUUCAGAUCACGUCGAGAUUCGAUUCGCUAAGAAUAUCCCCGAGGAUGUUGGAAGUUCUGAGUCUUGGGCCCGACCCCUGCGGCGACCUCGCGGUGGAGUUGUCCUACACCCAGGCAGGGCCUCAGUUCACACAGGAGCUCCGCUGUGGAUAUGCCAUCAGGGCCAGACGGUUUGACACUGCAUUUACAAUCUUGAAAGACGAGUUCGGUCGGUCCCGAGACUAUCCCCGAUGCCCGCCGUGUAGCCGGUUGUUCCAACGCUUUCGAGAACUGGGGCGUGCGUGUAUCAGGUAUGGACAGUUUGAUAAGGCGAAAGAGACAUUCGAGAGGGUGGGCGACUAUGAGAGUAUGUUUGACCUGUUUCUGACGCAUAUGAAUCCCAGCGCAUUGCGACGACUGGUCCAGAAACUGGAAGAGACAGAUGCAGAUCCAGAGCUGAAGAGACAGUGUGACAAACUGCUGGCCAUGCGGUCGACAGGAUGGGGAGGUCUGCAAUGUGGCGCAGGUGGUGUUGGUGGCGCAUUCUCUGCGCUCAUGGGCGGCGACAACAUGACCCCCAAGGGCUCUGAAUGGGCAGGUGGCAAUUGGGAGAUGAAGGUUAAACCGGAGAUCAAGAAAGUGCAGGAUUGGCAGCUUGCGACGGAGGUUUCUGGCCAUAUGAAGGUUGUGGGUCCGGCAGGACAGUCGCAGGCAAUACCUACCAUAAUUGCAGAUACAUUGGGCGUCUACCUGGGAACAGAGAAGGGGAGAACACAGGUUCUGGAGGAAAGGGAUGCUGCCAAGUUCCUUAGUCGAUUUGUUGAUAACGAGGGAGCAUAUGAAAACGGACACAAUGCCGAAGACGAUGACAGUCAUGGGAGCCCAGGAGCAGAAUCUGCCCCCUCCUUGUUCUCUCGACACGGAAGCGAGAAGGUCGACGAUCGCCCAGAAGAUGCAGGUGGUGUGGGAGGCAGCGUGGCAAAGCUGCAUCCCGGCUGGAGCAGCAGUGGUAAGCAUGUUGGGACGGGUGGCGCCCUCCUGGCACUGCCGGCACCAGGAGGAGCGGCCGACGAGGAGGAGACUGAAGAGCAGAAACGCGCAGCCAAGGAGUUUGCCAAGGGUUUCAAGGGGUCUGUCUCAGACAGCAGCAGUGACGAGGAGGAAGACUCUGGGACUGCACGGCGGAAGAGCAAAUUCCAGAUUCGAAUACGGGAUGCCAAGGGUAGUGGAACAGGCAAAGAUGCAGUCAAUGUGGACAAACUGAAGGAGGCAACGCGGCAGUUCAGGGUUGGUGAGAUAAACAAGUCAGUGACCAUGUCUAUGCAGUUUGGUGCAGGUACACUGAAGCCUGGCAAGCUUGUCUUUGGAGCUCCAGGGGUGGGAGGAAGCCAGGCAGGCUCCUCUACUGCUCCUCCUCGCACAGAGGGCACGCCCGAGAAUGCAGGAGCGACAGAGUGGGAAAACAGAGCGUCCAUGGAAGGCACAGUGGGACAUGACAUGGUCUCAGGGGGUGGUGUAGAUUGGCAGCAGAGUGCGAUGGGCUUUAUGGCCCCUGUGGAGGGGGUGGGUGGAUAUUCGAUGGCAGGCGAUCCCUCACACCAGUCAGCUCCAGGAGGAGAUGGAAUGAUGAUGAUCCGAGGCCUCGGAGGGGCAAUGGGAAUGGGCAUGGCAGGCUUGCCCCAGCAGGAUUCCGUAACUAUGAGUGGAGUUCAAGGCGGCAUGGGUGUGGGUGUCGUUGAUAGAGGACAACCAGGUGGAUUGCUUGAUUUGAGCUUUGAUGGGCCGCCAUCUGGGCCUACUUUUCAAGCUGUACAAUUGUCAGGGGGUUCCCGAAUGGGCAUGCAGGCCUUUGCCAUGCCAACGACGGAGUUUGAGGGUGCCGUCUUUGGAGGGGUCUCAAUGGAUGGGAGCAGGAGUAGCGGGCCAGAGUCUUACGGAGGAGGCUUGCUUGCAUUUGACACUCCACCAGGGAGCGUAAGUAAAUCAGGAGGUGGAGGUGACAGAGGGAGUGGAGGAAGAGUGUUGUCGGCAAGAGGCACCGAACAGGGUGUGGUUGGGUCUUUUGGGGCUGGAGGAGCUGCUGAUGGGCCCAGUAAUCGGCCGGGGGUCCAGCCAGGAUUUGUCCCAAAAGGCGCUUCCGCAUCACAGUGUUUCAAGGCAGGCCUCGCUCACCUGGAACGCAAUGCUCUUGCUGAUGCUCUCUCAUGUUUCAAUGAAUCCUUUGUUUCUCUGUCCAAAGAAUUCGCCGCAGGAAAAGAUAUUAAGUCUCAGGCACGUAUGUGCGCACAGUACAAGAUUGCAGUGAUGUUGUUGCAAGAGAUUGCAAAGCUGCAGACGGAGGUAGGCGUGGGUGGUAAGGAGGAGAUGGCCCGAAUGGCCAGACAUCUGAGCGCGUUGCCACUUCAGCCUAAACAUCGGGUCUCUUGUGUAAGGACCGCCAUCAAGAAGAACAUGGAUGUCCACAAUUAUGGAUAUGCAAAACGGAUGCUUGAUUUCCUCCUUGCAAAAGCGCCCCCUAAUAAGCAAGCGGAGCUGAAGGGAAUGAUAAACAUAUGUGUUCAACGGGGACUAGUCGAUAGAGCAAUCGAUGGUCCUGAGGACUCCAGCAAAUUCUGCGCAGCGACUCUUGGACGACUCCCGACUAUUGGUCAUGAUACAUGUGAUGUGUGUUCAGCAAACUUCACCGCUGUCGCAUUGCCCGUCUGUCCCAUCUGUGGCUUGGGGACCGUCCAAAGGUCAGAUGCACUCACAGGAGUAUAUUCAUCUCCUUUUGCCUGAACGACAGGUCGAUACUAAUUUGGAUGUUUGCCCUUCAGAUCCACCCCCCUGUUGUUGACGUAGGACUUCGCCUAACACUUAACCUAGCAAAGGUUGAUAUUCUUCAAGACGCUGCAUUGUAUAGCGGUUGCCUCGUUCCAUUAUAGAGAUCUGAUGGCAUACCUAGCGGGGGCUGCACAUCACCCUCGCCAACAUAUAACAGGCUAGAACUUGAAAGGAAAGGAGGGAACAUAUGAAUUUUCUGCAUUUGUGUUUCAGUCUCCUCUUACAUGUGGAGAACCAGUUGGUUGGUCGCCUUCGUUGCAAGCUGAGGGUUGAUUAGUCUCCCGGGACUCCACGAUAUUCCUCGGCGUUCACGCAUUACCACCGUUGCUGCAAACCGAGGUUUGAUCGGUCUCCUCGGAGUGGAUGAUAUUCCUCAGCGUUCACGUGUUAAAAUUGCUACACAUAGCGGUCAUUGUAUUUUUUGUGCUCCUCCCCCUCCACUCGUGCGACAGCCUCACUGUUUUGAGCAAUUGCGUAACUGGUUUUUGAAACAUCGGUUAUUUUGUCCCGGGGGGGUCGGAUUGAGACAGCAGAAGGAUCCAGUUAAUCCAGGUGUUGUAGAGAAAGAGUGUGUUUUGCCACAUCCGGAGCAUAACAUGCGAGGGGCGGUUGCGGAGCCCUCCCGCCAAGUGGGUUUGGUUGACUGGGAGUUUAUGAUGCAGUGCUGAUUGACUCUUCUCUCGGUCAGAUAGGUGCCUGUGUUACAGGAUUUAACCCUCAUGUGAACAUGGGUUGUGAGCAUCGUUCCUUAUUAGGAAGGAGGAACUUCAAGUCUGCAACCCACACACACAGCAAGUGUGUCAUAGCAGUAAUAAGAGGGGCUGGAAAGAUGCUAGCAAUAAUGAGGUCCACAAGACAUCAGCUGCAUAUGGAGAAGCACUCACCAAAGUCCCGUCUGCGGUCCGCUGGAGGUGUACCAGAGAGCUGUGAAGGUGUUGGAUGACAGUUAUGGGUUUGCGAUCGGAGACAGCACACUGGAAUUUUGUUUGACGGAUUUCUGGGCGAGCUACGUUCUGUUUCGAAGGCUAUCAAGGUGUUUGAAGAACCCUCACUUGAAUGGUCAGAUUAGGAACAGCCAGAUCGGGCAAUGCGGCUCUAGAGUGUGCGAUUGAGAGGGUGCAGGAAGUGAGGUUGUUUGGAGGGAGGAGGAGAGGGGUAUAUUCAAUGGUCCAUGAGGCUGAGAUUCAGACAGGAAUGAAUCGGGUAGAAGCCUUGGAUGCGGCGAGGCCAUUGUACGGGCCCUGGAAUCCCUCCACAGGCCUAGCAUCUUCACCCGAACAGAACGCCUGGUCAUCGGACUGAAAAUUGGUCCAAAUACGGAUACUAUGACUGUACAUUGUAUUCGGGUGAAGACGGUAGCAGGAGCUGAUGCUGAGGGUAUUGGACGGUGGCUGAUCGACAAGAGAGGUAGAUUGUGGAGCUAUACCAUGUUGUUGGCAGUGUGCGCUUGACCUACAUGGCUGGCUCUCAUUGCUGACGGAGAGGUUGGACUCCUGACUGAUGUGCAGGAAUCUCAUAGCGCAGUUUUGUGUCUUUUCUAG